CUGAAGGUGGUAAUUAGAGUGAUUGACUCCUCUAGGACAGGAUCUACCAUGAGACUGAAAGGCUACUUUUUAGUUAUGGUGAACUUGGCAGUUUCAUCAGCACUUUCACUACCUACAGUAGAGGUAGAGAUAGUUGAUGCUGGAAAAAGCAACACCAAAGAGGAUUUAACACUUGAUGAUAUUCGUGAGCCUCUAAACAUUCAAAGGAGCAGCAUUCUACCUGGAAAUGGUCUGUGGACAUCCCCUGUUCCCUACUUCCUGGAUAAAAGCCUGGACCUGAAUAGUAAAGGAGUUAUCAUGAGAGCUUUUGACCAGUUCAGAGUGAAGUCAUGCAUCGAUUUCAAACCCUUGGACUCUGAGGAUCAUUACAUCAACAUUCAAAAGUUAGACGGGUGUUGGUCAUAUAUUGGCCGAGUAUUCAGCAAAGGACAGAAUCUCUCUAUUGGAGAAGGCUGUGAUGACCUUGCCACUGUUGAACAUGAGCUUCUUCAUGCUCUUGGUUUCUACCAUGAACAGUCUAGAUAUGACAGAGACGAUUAUGUGCAGAUUGUACUUCCCAACAUCAUAACAGUUCAACAGCAUAAUUUCAGAAAGGUUGCAAGUGAUGAGAGCACUACCCAUGGAGUCCCAUAUGACUACAUGUCAGUGAUGCACUAUGGCAAGGAUGCAUUCAGCAAUGGCGAGGGCUCAACAAUUAUUACCAAAGACCCUAAAUUCCAGGAUGUGAUUGGUCAAAGGCUUGAAAUGAGCCCUAGUGAUGCUCAGGAGCUGAACCUUCUCUACAACUGCAAUGCAUCUAUCGCCUUUAAGUUUUACUGCGGCUUUUCUGAUGGAACAAUGUGCCAGAUGAGCCGCUGUUCACGGGGUGAGAAUGACUGGGAAGUGGUUACACAAGUUCAUGGGGGUCCAAGCUCUGACCAUACCAAUCUACCAAGUGGAAGUGAAGAUAAUGGUCAACAAGCAGGGUACUUCAUCCAUGCGAGCACAGCAUCAGGUCAAGAGGGAGAUUCAAUCAAACUGGAAACUGAGGUAGUGAAGCCUAACAGGGCAUGUAAUGUCCAGUGUCUGCAGUUCUACUAUUUCCACAGUGGAAAUGAGUCAGAUGAACUUAAUAUCUGGAUCAGAGAGUUUCAAGAUGAACAGGACACAACAGGAACUCUCCGCCUCAUGGCACAGAUUACUGGUCCACCAACGUCUCAUUGGAAGCUCCACCAUGUUUCAUUAAAUGCCACCAAGCACUUUCAGGUGGUGUUUGAAGUUCGGAAAGGAGCAGGAAGCUCUACAGGAGGCUACUCAGUUGAUGACAUCAAUCUCUCAGAGACAGAGUGUCCACAUGUUGUCUUGCAGAUUGAUGACUUCGAGAAUCUUUUAAACACAAGCAGCCCUGGAACUCUAAUAUACAGUCCACAACAGUACUCAAAAGAUGGCUAUGCGUACCGUGUAGCUGCUUACCUUGUAAAACCAUUUAUUGGAAUUUUUGUGCAGCUCUUGUCUGGUGAAUUUGACAACCAACUGCAGUGGCCUUGCCUACAAAGACAAAUUAUUUUCCAGUUGCUGGAUCAAACCCCUAACAAGCAACUGCAAAUGUCAAAGCAAAUUGCUUUCACUACUAAAGAAUCUCAUGUGACCGAAAGUGGUGUCUCUUACUGGAGCAGUCCUAGGGAGACUGGAGUCGGACGUUUUUAUGAGAAAGAUGAGUUAGUCUAUGGUGGGAUUCUCUUUGGGUUCUAUUUUGCAAACCAAGAAUUGAAAUCCAGACAAUUCCUAAAAGGAGGUAGUGCCAUUUUCAUGUCUACCUUUGAAGAUCUCAACCCACUAAUAAAUGGAUCCAGUCUACCAUGUCCAAAGUUAAGACCAGCGAGCAUAACAAAUCCUCGCCCAACUCUGGAUGAAAGUCCAUGCUCAGCACGAGUGUCCCCAACCAGCACUCCACCUUCUACAACACCAGAUGACAGGAAUCCAUCUACCGUGCAUCCACCACCUACUACAGACAACAGCAUUUUUUGCUUCUGUCCUGGUAUGGUGGCCUCUCCCAUCCUCACUGUCCUGCUGGCAUUGAUCCUUCUGUUGCAAUGAUGUAUGCCUCCCAUAUACAUCUUCUGUCUCUGUAUAGGCAGCAAAACUAUUAGAAAUCUCUCAGAAACACUACCAGUCAAAAGUUUUAGAACCCCUUUAUCAUAUACCGGUUUUCUAUAUGUUUAUGACAACUUACAUUGUACAUAGAUUCUCCCUGAAGGCAUCAAAGCCAUGAAUGAACACGUGGAGUUAUGCAAAUGAGAAAUUGUAAAAGAACUUUAAAUAUGUUUUAUAUUUUACAUUCCUUAAAGUAGCCACCCUUUGCUGUGAUGACUAAAAUAUUAUUCUUUGGGGAUCUUUUAAUUAACCUCUGAGAAGUUCUUUCAAGACUCUCUGGAAAACUAUUUCAGGUCACCACCUCAUGAAGCUCAUGGAGAGAAUGCCAAGAGAGCAAAGAAGUAAUCAAAGCAA